CAGCUUGCUCUAGUAUCUUACAUGCCGCUAGCCGUGCGCGCGCGGCGCUCGCCCGGCCGCUUGCGCGUGCCUCAGGUGCCAAUUCACGGUGUGACGCAGCACCACACUCAGCCUUGCCUCUUGGCUGCAGCUCGCCGACGCAGCACCAUAUGGACGACGCGCCGAGCAGCAUCGACGGCCAGGCGGCCGUCGACGAGGAGGACGACAAGUUGCUGACGGAGCACCACGUCACGUUGUUGCCGCCGCACCUGCUCCGAGAGACGCCGAGCCAGCGGGACGGCAUCGCGCGGGAGGAGGAAGACAAACAUAGGAGGUGGGCCUGCGGCCUCGCGCAGGAAGCGGGCAUCCUCCUCAAGCUGCCGCAGCAGGUCAUGUGCACGGCGCAAAAUUUAUUACAUCGCUUCUACUACCGGAAAUCCCUGAAAAGCUACGACGCCUUCGUCGCGGCCAUGGGCUGCCUCUUCCUCGCCUCGAAGGUCGAAGAGAAGCCGAAGCGACUGCGGGAGGUCCUCUUCGCCUUCCACUACGUCUAUAAAGUCAGGACCAAUUCGACCGAGAAGAUGGAGCUGGGGGGCGCCAUGUACGCGGGCUGGAAGGAGAGCCUCGUGAUGGUCGAGCGGACGAUCCUCAAGGAACUGGGGUUCUCGUUCUACGUCAUCGAGCACGCGCACCGCUUCAUCUUAUUCUACGUGAAGUUGUUGGAUGGCGACGCGGAGCUCGCCCAGGAGGCCUGGGCCUACUGCAACGAUUCAUUGAGGACCGAUUUACAAUUAAGGAGCAAGGCCGAGGUCAUCGCGUGCGCGGCCGUGAAGCUCGCGGCCGCGAAGCUCCGGAGGACGCUCCCUUCCUUAGAGAAGGACGGCGUGGACUGGUGGGCGGCCUUCGGCGUCGACGGCGGCGAGUUGGACCGCGCGGCGGCCGAGAUCACGGAGCUGUAUGCUGCGAGUCCGUUGGUCUGGCUGCCUUCAUUGGCGCCGGCCCCGCGCCUCACGGACCCGGCGUUCGCUGCGGCUGUCCUCGCGCGGCAGGAGGCGCGCGAGGCCGAGAAGAAGGCGGCGCAGGAGGCCCUGGACCGGGCCCGGGCCGAGGCGGCGGCGGCGCCGCCGCCGGCGCCCGCCGCCGCCGCCGCGGACGAGCGGCGGGCGCGGUCGCGGUCGCGGAGCCGGAGCCGGGACCGGGGCCGCCGCCGCCGCGACCGGUCGCGGUCGCGCGAUCGGCACCGGUCGCGGCGCGACCGGCGGGACCGUAGCCGGUCCCGCGACCGGACGCGCGGGCGGCGGCGCUGA